UGAACUCAGACGGACACCUUCUCUGCAAAGACCCGAACCGGCGUGCAGACGGGGAACCGUCCGGGGGAGUAAGUAGGCAGGGAGGCGUUUUUCGUUCUUCCUUCCUUGUAGCUUUUUCUCAAGGUAGGACAGACAGUUUGAGCUUGUUGACUCAUUUAGAGGGAAAAGAAGAAGGGGACGUCGUGAUUGCGCGUCACCAUCUGACUUUCCAAACCUGCCUUGACGCGCUUGCUGCAGGAGAAGAAGCAGAAGCGAGCACCCUCGAAACCAAAAAGAGUGACAAUCAUCUGUAAUCAUCUACCCCAAAAAGUGUCAACGAGCCGAGAGAGAAGUUUUAGAAUCGAACGCUGAGAGAUUCACGGAGCACACGGCGAGGAGCUGAGUCCCCCGCUUGAGGGCGAAAGCAGACUUUUUUGGAGGGAGCCAAGUUUUGCAAAAAAAGUGCCAGGAGUUCUCGGGGUUCUGUCAGAUGCAACAUGCAACCAUGUCCAAGGAGGUAGAGUUGGAUGUGAGAGGCACACAGGAGCCCAGUGACCCAGAGACACCCAGGAGGACGCCGCCGCCAUCAUCGCCACCAGCACUACCACCACCAACAACCAAGGCUGCCCACAGAGGAGACGCCACCCCUGAGAGUGAGCCCUCCGGUAGCAGUGGUGCUGUGGGUGGCGAUAUUAGUAGAAGAAGCAGCAGCAGCAGUGCGGGCAGUGCUGAGGGAGCAGGCGAGAGCUCCAUGCAGUUCAGCACCAGACCGCCUAGUGCUGAGCAGCCGGGCUUCAUGGGGACAUGGCAGCAGCAGAGCACUGACAGCAACCUCCUCUACAGGAUGUCCCAGCAGGGUGCUGUAACGCGGCUUCCUAUCAAGUGCGACAGGUCGACUAUGGGCCGAGACCUGGAAGAGGCCAUUCGCUGCACACUGGUCAACUGCACAUGUGAGUGCUUCCAGCCGGGCAAGAUUCACUUGCGUACAUGCGACCACUGCAAACACGGCUGGGUAGCUCACGCUCUGGACAAGCUCAGCACCCAGCACCUGUACCACCCGACCCAGGUGGAGAUCGUGCAGUCCAACGUGGUGUUCGAUAUCAGCAGCCUGAUGCUGUACGGCACCCAGGCGGUGCCGGUGCGGCUCAAGAUCCUGCUGGACCGCCUCUUCUCGGUGCUCAAGCAGGAGGAGGUGCUGCACAUCCUGCACGGCCUCGGCUGGACCCUGCGAGACUACGUCAGGGGCUACAUACUGCAGGAUGCUGCAGGCAAGGUGUUGGACCGCUGGACCAUUAUGUCCCGAGAAGAGGAGAUCAUCACCCUGCAGCAGUUCUUGCGCUUUGGCGAGACCAAAUCCAUCGUGGAGCUGAUGGCCAUUCAGGAGAAGGAAGGUCAGGCAGUUACUGUUCCGUCCUCCAAGACGGACUCCGGGAUUAGGACGUUCAUUGAGAGCAACAACAGGACACGCAGCCCGGGACUACUUACACAUUUAGAAAAUAGCAGCCCAUCUAGCAUUCAUCACUUUGAGAAUAUCCCCAACAGCUUAGCCUUCCUUUUACCGUUCCAAUACAUCAACCCCGUGUCUGCCCCCAUGCUCGGCUUGCCCCCCAACGGGCUCCCAAUGGAACAAUCUGCUCUCCGGCUACGAGAGCCCAGCUUGCCCAACCAAGUCGAACAAGUGGAGACGAGUGAGUCAGAUGUGUCCAUGUCGCCCUUCCGUACGGGCCAAAGUCCGAGCCGUGGAGCCCUCGGCGGCAUGAACAAUACUGAACCCAAAACAGAGCCCAGCAACAGGGCAUCCCCCAUCUCGCCAUCUCCGUCCCUCCAGCAGGCUCAACAGCAGCAGUCCCAGCAGCAACAGCAGCAGGGGCAACAGCAGUCCCAAAGCCAGUCUCAGCAGUCCAACAACCUAAAUGACCACCAGGUUCACCAUCACUUUGUCAAAGAGGAGCAAUCAAAAUCAAUAACCCAUGCUUCAUUUUCCUCCAAAAUGCACCGCAUGAGACGCAUGGGCUCCACCUCUCGCAAAGGCCGUGUGUGCUGCAACUCUUGCGGCAAGACCUUUUAUGACAAAGGCACGCUGAAGAUACACUACAACGCGGUACACUUGAAGAUUAAACACCGCUGCACCAUCGAGGGCUGCAAUAUGGUCUUCAGUUCCCUGCGCAGUCGCAACCGCCACAGCGCCAACCCCAAUCCACGUCUGCACAUGCCCAUGUUGCGCAACAACCGUGACAAAGACCUAAUUCGUGCCAAUUCCAACUCUGGUACGCCUGUCAUCUCAAGCACCAAAAAUGGUGGAUUCACACUUACAAGUCCUGGCAGGCCACCUCUGGGCUUCACUACACCACCGGUAGACCCGAUGCUACAAUCACCCCUGCAGAGCCCACUGGUGUUCCCCUCUUUAAAGUCAGUGCAACCAGUCCAACCUGUGCCCCCAUUCUACCGUACGCUACUGUCCCCAGCAGACCUUGUUAGUCCACCUGUUUCGCUGCCCACAAGCCCCAUUUUGCCCACCACCACCAACAGCACCACCUUAAUGGACCAGCAACAGCAAAUCCUGGCGGCUGUGGCUUCACACAAUAAUGUCCAUGUGUCCGAGAUGGGAGCCAUGUCGCAUAGCUUAAACACAUCUGCUGGCAAUCAUGAGCCCAGUUCUGGCGGCGGGGCUGACCCCACACCCAAAAAGAAGCCUCGGAAAUCCAGCAUGCCUGUGAAGAUUGAGAAGGAAGUAAUUGACGUGGCGGAUGAAUACGAGGACAAAGACGAGGAGGACGACGAUCACAUCAACCACAAUCAUCACCACCAUCACCACUCGUCGCUCCUUCACAACAACAUCAAGAUGAACGGAAACUACAAUUGCAACAACAACAGUGCGAGUGGCACAGGCAACCACAGCGGUGGAAGCGGGCAGCAAUCCCCUUCCCAGGAUGAGAUGAGUCCUGGUAUAACUCUGAGAGGCAUGAUGAGGCAAAGUGAGGAUGAAUGCCGGGAGGGUGCUGGUAGCGAUGGCAGGGGUGAGCUUCGAGGUUCUAGUGACCUACGCUGCAUGGACAGCUACACCUCGGAGGACCAAGACCAUGAAAGAGACUUUGAGAACGAGUCUGAAACCUCAGACUCAAAAAUGUACUACCGGGAUGAGAUGAUGGACGUUGAAGAACAGCAGAAACACUCCAAAGGUGGAAAGGACCAGAAUGAUGAGGGUGUCCAGGAAAGCCCUUUGAGAAAAGACAUAGAAGGCAAAGGUCAUCUAUCACCAUCCCCUCACCAGGCGUCCAUCAAGAUCAAGGAGGAACUCAACGACCCAACCUAUGACAUGUUCUGUAUGAGCCAGUACGGCCUCUACAACGGCGGUAUGGCCGCAGCUGCCGCCGCCGCUGCCAGCAUGGCUGCUCUGCAUGAGAGCUUCAUCUCGUCGAUGGGAUACGGCGCCAGCCCGCCCAAGUUCCCCACAUCUCAGUCGCCGGACGGGGACCCGUGCUCGAGCCCUGACCCCAAGAUCUGCUACGUGUGCAAGAAGAGCUUCAAGAGCUCCUACAGCAUGAAAUUGCACUACAAGAACGUGCACCUCAAAGAGAUGCACGUGUGCACGGUAGCCGGUUGCAACGCUGCUUUCCCCUCACGGCGCAGUCGAGACAGGCACAGCUCGAACAUUAACCUGCACCGCAAACUGCUGACCAAAGAGCUGGACGACAUCGUCCUGGACCCCCAACUCACGCCACUGCCCAAGGACUUCCGAGCCGAGUUACUGGCAAAGAUCUACGCCGGGCACCACCACAUGGCUUUGGACCCGAUGGGCGGGAUGGCAUUCAGAGGCCUCGGACCCGCCGGCUUGAUCCAUGACGCGCAUUCCCCCAUGGGCAAUGACUUCUCCCAGCACCCUCUCCACCCUCACCUGAAGAACCAUCACACCAACGGCUUCUCCCGAGGCCAGCCGGAUGACUACAUGGUUCUGGACUUGAGCACCACAUCCAGCGUCCAGUCCAGCGGCAGCAUCCACUCCUCACGCGAGUCAGACGAGGGCAGCGACGAAGGCAUCCUAUUGGAUGACCUGGAGGAGGAAGAGGAGGAGGAGGAGGAGGGAAUGGAGGACGAAGAAGAGGAAGGCAACAGCGAGGGGGAGGACUUCUCCAGGCAACGGGACGGUAGGGGGCGAGAGACUGGAGAAACGAGGGUGAGACACGGCGAGUGCUUGGAAUCGCCCUUCCACCUCUCAUCCAGCGGGGGGAGCGGCGACGGUGGCGGGAUCCUGUGCAACAUCUGCCACAAAAUGUACAGCAACAAGGGGACUCUGCGUGUGCACUACAAGACUGUGCACCUGCGUGAGAUGCACAAGUGCAAAAUCCCGGGGUGCAACAUGGUGUUCAGCUCCGUGCGCAGCCGCAACAGACACUCGCAGAACCCCAACCUCCACAAGAACAUGCCCUUCUCCACGCUAGUAGACUGAGCUUCCUCCUCACCUCGCCUCCUUCCCUCUUCCAGCUCCUCCUCCUGUUUGUACUUGGCCCCGCCUCCCCGCCCAUAAAAGUCCUUCCAUAAACUAAAUAUGGCCCUUGAAUUUUCCUUAUUUGGAAAGAACGACUUAAGAACUUGUUUGUUUUCAUACACCCUCUCCUCUCCAAAGAAUCUAUUGAACCUCUUAUUUGUGACUUUGCCUGCAGACAAGAUAGUAUUGAGGAUAAAAAAAAACAUUCUUGUUGUAUUUGUGUAAUGAUAGCUUUUAAAUGAACCCCUUCACGGAGAAAAAAAAGCAUGACAGCUUCAUUUGUAAAUAAUGUCCCGAGAGGCUUUUGGUGUAAAAGACUUGUGUUGAUGGUCCGUUUGCUUCUUUUUUUUUCCCUUAUGGUUUUUAUGUUACAGUCCAGUACAAUACUUCCAAGCUAUAGGCAAGAAAGAGGUAGCAUCUUACUAGCUUGAGUCAUGUUAUCACAUUUUAAACUAGGCAAAAAAGAAAUAAAAAAUACAUGUGAAUUGCUUUGUUAGAUAUUCAGAGGUUGCCGGCAUGCUCUUUUUAGGCUCCUACACUGAUAUCAUUCUGUGUUUUCUAUUGAUUUUCCUUUAUGUUUUUGCACUUUGCAUCUAUACAAGGGGAUGUGUAAUAUUAGUGAGGACUUUUGCAAUGGUGAGUUAAGGUGUGUUGUUUGAUCAUGUGACUUCAACAUACUGGCGCCAGUUUUUCUACGUUUUUUUUUUUUUUUUAAAUGCAUGUGCCCAAAUCUUAAAAAAAAAAAAACAACCUUAUGUAA